AUCUAACAAGUGGUAAGAGGUUCUGGAGAGUUCUAUUCACAUCCUCUGUAUCUCUCUCUCUCGUGCAGAGGCAGAGAGAGGUGAGAAUACAAACAACAUUACAAAUUAAAAAAUAAACUCUGUUUCUUUUCUCUCCUAAUUUCUUCUUUGAUCAUCUUCUGCAAAUACCAAAUCUAAACCCUAAUCUAUUCUUAUUCUUUUAGCUUCGAAUCUCUUUGGUACCACCACCUAGACCACUCUCUAUACAUCUCAAGUUCGUUGGCUCUGUUUUCUUAGGGAGUUGAAUUCGUCGAAAGUACGAUUUUUUUUUUAAUUUGGGUUUCUGUUUUUUUUGUUGUUGAUCUGCUGGGUUUUUGUAUUUGGAGGAUAAAGUUAAUUAUGGCGUCGAAUAAUAACGAGAAAAGCGAGGAGAAUUUGUAUGCUGUUCUGGGUUUGAAGAAAGAAUGUACCACGACGGAGCUCCGUUCUGCUUAUAAGAAGCUUGCUCUUAGAUGGCAUCCAGAUCGUUGUUCGUCAAUGGAGUUUGUAGAAGAAGCAAAGAAGAAAUUUCAAGCAAUCCAACAAGCUUACUCUGUUCUGUCUGACUCCAACAAGAGGUUCCUGUAUGAUGUUGGAGCUUAUAAUACUGAUGAUGAUGAUGACCAAAACGGAAUGGGAGAUUUCUUGAGUGAAAUGGCGGCUAUGAUGAAUCAAUCUAAACCUAAUGAGAAUGACACAGGGGACGGUUUUGAACAACUACAAGAUCUGUUUAAUGAGAUGUUUCAAGGAGACGCUGCUGCAUUCUCAUCGUCAUCAUCAUCAUCUUGCUCCACUUCAACGUUCACUUCCUCUUGUAGUUUUGGUUUUGAUAUAGACACGCAGCGGUCAUCGUCAUUUCAGACAAGUUCAAUGGGGAUGAAUGAUCCUUUUGGAUUUGACCCGAGAGCUCAUCAUACCUUCUCUUUAGGGCAGGUUGAUCAUCAGCAGGAUUUCAAGAAAGGGAAGAACAAUGGCGGAAGGAGGAACAGCAGAAGGAAGAACAAUGUUCCAUCCACUGGUCACGAGACGUCGUCCAACAACAACUAUGGAGUCCCCACCUCAUAGGCAGACACUUCACUCCAUAUUUUUUGCUAACUCAUCUCUACAUUUGUCGACUAGUCAACGCAGACAAGAUGAGUGGUUUUUGUCUUGUCAACGAGGAUGCUUAAUAAAAACUCAAAAAGCGUCCUCGUUUUGUUAACUUACCCACCUCCUUCUCUCGAAGCUUCUUUUUUGUUUUGUUUCUCUCUGCUUUUAUCAUUGGAUUCUUGUCUCCUGAGAGAUCAUUGAGAUCAAUGAAAUCAACUGAUUUAUGUUGAUCACACACACAUGGUCCUAAAUUCUUAUAGCCAUUGAUUUUUAUCAGCAUUAAUAAUAUAAAAAGAUACAUUA